AUGGCCUAUGCCGUUGUCGAGUAUGCCAGCGACAGCCGGGCAGAGUCCCCGGAGAUCGAGGCCAUGGCAACCUUAACGUGCUUGGAAGGCUACUCUCCGGGUGGGUCUGCCUUCGGCCUCUCCGGCAGCCUGGAGUUGAGGUGCGGUCCUAUCGUGAACAAGGAGAACGAGCCAGAUGUGGAGUGGAAGCUGGAAUAUACUGGAGCAGUGCACUCGGAAUGCUAA